AUGACUCUUACAAUUCAAGGUAGACCGCAAGGGGGAUUGCCCUCUACUACGGAAAAUAACCCAAGGGAGCAACUUAAAGUGGUAGAGCUUCGAAGUGGGAGAAAUAUGGAAAACGCUAAUGGCAAGAGACAUAUUGUGGAAGAGGAUGACUCAAGUCAAGAACUACCUAAGGAUUGUGAGGAGGUGGCUAUUGAUGUUGAAGAACCAUAUUUUAGACCUCCACCACCACCACCUUUUAUGCCAAAAGUUCAAUUCCCAAGUCGGUUGAGAAAGGCUCCGGACAAUGGAAAGUUCCACAAGUUUCUUGAAAUAUUCAAGAAACUUCAAAUCAACCUAAGCCUAGCGGAUGCUUUGCGAGAGAUGCCCCAAUAUGCUAAGUUUUUGAAGGACAUCAUUACCAACAAGCGGAGUUGGGAUAAUGGUGCAACAAUCCCCGUUACGGAAGUUUGCGCUAGUAUUAAUCUCAUGCCUCUAACUCUUUUCAUGACGCUAUUCGGAGAGCAAACCGUGAAGAGCACCUCGAUGGUACUCCAACUAGCGGAUCAUUCUUUGGAGAGGCCUUAUGGGAUUGUUGAGGAUGUGCUUGUCAAAGUGGAUAAGUUCAUAUUUCCGGUUGAUUUUGUCAUUUUGGACUACGCGGUGGAUAAAGAGUGCCCCAUGAUCUUAGUGCGACCCUGUAUGAACACCGGAAGAGCUUUAAUUGAUGUGCAUGGUGGGAAAUUGACCUUGAGGAUUGAUGAAGAAAUAGUUGAGUUCGAUAAGAAGAAAAUCAUGAGGGGUACCAUCGAGGAGGAAGGAUACAUGAGGGUUGAUUUGGUAGAUGAGCUUGUGGAGGAUUAG